AAGCGCUGGCUCAAGCCCUGGACCUUGAACGUGGGUCCGUGGCGGUCGCGGAAGGAGAGGCGCAGGCCAAGGUCCACGUGUUCAGCUUGCGGGCAUGAGUAGCCAUCCACCGCCGGAUCUGGCGCUGGAUGUGAGCCGUUUGAUGGAUUCCGUGCGGGAGGAGAUCAUGCAACUCAUGCAGGAGGGAGUUCAGAAGACCGCCUCCUACUGCGCCUCCAUCUGUGCCGAGCGGGUGGUGGCUGCACGCCGAGAGAUGCAGAGGCGCUGGGCUGAGGAGCGCCGUGAGCUGGAACGGGUCUAUGGCCUUGCUCCGGGGUCUGGGUUUGGCACCCCCUCCUCAGCGAGGCUGAACAGCGCGCCCCGGAUGGUGUCCAGGCCCAGCUCACGGCCAGGCUCUUGCCACUCUUGGAGCACUCCUUGCCAAGAGCUGCCUUCAAGCAGUCCACAAAAUGAAGGAGCUGUGGUGCAUGCAGCACAGUCUAGUUCCAAAGCGGAUGACCAUGAGCGCCACUUGGAUUCCUCCUUCAUUGACGCCUACGACGCAGUCCAAACGUUGGAGGAGCGGAACCAGCAAGCUGCGCGGGCGAUGCAGCUCCUGGAUGAGGCCUUGAGAGCCGCGGAGAACGCAGGUUGCGAGAAGCAUGCCUUUGGCGGCCCCCCAGUGCCAGGCUCGACUUGGCAUGCAGACAUUUUACGGCCGAGCCAGGACCUACGAAAGCCGGUGUCGCAACUCUCGCCGACGCCACACCGGGCACCGCAGGCGCCCUGGUCAAUGAAUGGUGCAGGGCAAAGGCACAAAGGCCUCUCCAACAGUCCCGUGGUCACACAAUUUCCUGGCCAAGAGCAGGCCUAUGGUGUCUUGUCGAAGAAGCCCUCGUGUAAAACUCCAGGAUCUGCUCCGAGCUCAGCGAUUGGAGAUGUGCCCAUGCGGGUGGCGGAGCCCAGUACUUUUGCCAAUGAGCAAGAUAGAGAGGUGCGCGGCCUGUGUGGCGCAUCAGAGCGAUUGCAGGAGGGCCUGACACACUAGUCCUGCUUCGACUCCGCGCAUGUUUCGAUGGGUGAUAGCCGGGCUCAGUUGAAAACAGCAGAGCCUUCGACUCCAUAGAUGUUGGGAGUUUCUCACUUUGUGCUGAGAAGAAUCCACGUGAAUGCUUUGAUGCUUUGGUUCCACCACAUCCUGCAAGCCCC